CUAACAAAAACUCCUGCUUCAUGUAUUCCCAAGUGAGAGGUGUCUGCCCGCUGGAGCAGAUCCUCCAUCAGAAAGGGGACAACACACUGAUCUUCGAAGCACGGUUUGAGAGUGGAAAUUUGCAGAAGGUGGUCAAAGUCAAUGAAUUUGAGUACCAGCUGACGCUGCGCACCGACCUCUACACAAGCAGACACACACAGUGGUACUACUUCCAAGUAAGCAAUACACAGGCAGGGAUGCCGUAUCGCUUCACUAUUGUCAACUUUACCAAGCGUAACAGCUUGUAUAAACGUGGCUUACGGCCACUGUUGUAUUCAGAAACCGAUGCUAAGAAACACAAGGUUGGCUGGCGAAGGACUGGAAAUGAAAUCAAGUAUUACAAAAACAAUACGGGCCAAGGUGGACGUCAGUAUUUCUCUCUCACUUGGACAUUCCAGUUCCCUCAUGACCAAGACACUUGCUACUUUGCCCACUGCUAUCCUUACACCUACUCCAACCUGCAGGAGUACCUGGUGGCCAUCAAUAAAGAUCCAGUGAAGUCCAAAUUCUGCAAGAUUCGCGUCUUGUGCCAUUCACUGGCACGAAACAUAGUCUAUGUUUUAACUAUCACCAACCCCCCCAAAAGUGGCAAGGGCACCAAGAGGAAGGCUGUGAUACUAACUGCGAGGGUGCAUCCAGGAGAAACUAACAGUUCCUGGAUAAUAAAGGGCUUUCUGGAUUACAUUCUUGGCGAUUCAGGCAAAGCUCAACUGCUGCGGGACAAUUUUGUCUUCAAAGUGGUACCGAUGUUGAAUCCAGAUGGUGUGAUUGUGGGAAAUCACCGCUGUUCUUUAACAGGUCAGGACUUGAACCGCAAAUACAGAUCUAACAUGAAGAAAUGUUAUCCUUCCAUCUGGUAUACCCGAAACAUGAUCAAAAGAGUGAUGGGGGAACGUGAUGUUUUUCUGUAUUGUGACAUCCAUGGUCACAACAGGAAACAAAAUGUCUUCAUGUAUGGUUGUGAGAGAAAGCAGCAAGCAAAAGCACCAUAUGUGCAUCCACAUGUCUUCCCACUCUUGCUGAGCAAGAGCUGCCCAGAUAAGUUCUCAUUCCCAGACUGCCGUUUCAGAGUACAAAAGAGCAAAGAAGGCACAGGUCGAGUGGUAAUGUGGAAGCUGGGCAUCAACAACAGCUACACUUUGGAAGCCUCUAUCUGUGGCUCUAAGUUGGGCUGCAGACAAAGCACCCAUUUCGAUAUGAAAGACUUGGAGUCAAUAGGACAGCAUUUCUGUGAUGCUCUCUUGAACUACUGUGUUCAUAACAAGUCUGAUUAUUAUCUGUGCCUUAAGGAACACGAGAAAGCCGUGAAACAGCAAGCCAGGGUGAACUCCAAUGUCCUGAAUUCUGAUGUGUCAGACUGGGAUUCCAGAUUCAGAACAAUGGGCAUCCGCCAUGUGACCUUCCAGUCUCUCCAGAAGCCUGAUGUAAAGAAGACCUCCAAGAGAAGCUACAAGAAGAAGUGA